GAAAUGUUGGGUGCCCGCAAAGCCAUAAAGUUGCAGUUUGGGUGUUGCUUCAUUUGUUCACCGCUUGCUUGACAAGUCAAGUUUUGAGACAGAAGAUCCUGUGUGAAAGCUUCGCCAUGGCCCAGCCAUCCCUUGGUGAAGUGCAUCGUCAGAUGCCAAAUCCCGAUGACUUGAAAAACUUGGUGAGAUACAAGGGACCAAGCAGCGACCAAACAGUGUUAAAACAAGCUAGCACAAAUUCAGAGCUGCAAAAGGCCGUUGAGGCUGGAGAUCUCAACAUGGCACGCUCACUUUUGCGCUAUGGUGCUGCGAAGCGCUGUGUGAAUGUCAAUGCACCUCUCUAUCCCAAAAGAGAGCGAUUGCUUCAUUUGGCAGCUCGAAAGGGGUCACGUGAUUUGUGCAUCUUGUUGUUAGAAGCAAGGGCCGAGAUCGAUGCGGAGGAGAUCUCUGAUGGCAAGCAACCCCUACAUGAAGCCUGCAAACAUGGUCACCUUGACAUUUGCGAAUUGCUGCUAGACCGCAAAGCACGCAUUGAGGAAGCCAACUUUACAGGGUUCAAACCCUUGCAUUGGGCUGCUUCCAGUGGCCAUGUGGAUAUUUGUGAUAUGCUUCUGGAUCGGAAAGCCAUUCUUCAUUCUGCAUCGGGAGACACGUGGGAGGCGAUACACCAUGCAGCCGCUCAUGGUCAUGCAGAGGUGGUUCGAUUGCUUUGCGAGAGGGGUGCCAAACCAGAUGCUGAAACGGGAACUGGCCAGCCAGCUGUGCGCUUGGCAUGCCUCAGUGACCAUACAAAGGUGGUAAAGACCCUUCUUGACUUCGGUGCUUUGUUUUGCAUGGAAGACUUCAGUGCUGAAGGAGUUCUUCGAAGAUGUCAAGGAACCGAGAUCGAAGACUUGGUCCGAGAAGUUGGACGUUUGCGCUUUGAGUUGGAUGAAGCCGAAGAGAUGUCUGACAUUGGCCAUGCGGAUGAUGCAGCGGCAUUGUUUGCCGGGGUUUAUGCAGCUUUCUGCAGUUUAGGCAUGCGUGUCUCCGCUGCAUCAGUUCGGCGCGAUGCUGCCAGGUUGCAAAUUGACCUUCCGGAUCUCGAGCCACAAGACCAAGCAUGAUGAACGACUCAGACCUCCGCAAAUAGUAUAGUC